AUGGGAAUGGGUGUGGACGUUCAUGGACUAGACUACACUAACGCCGCCAAGCGGGCCGUAUUUGAUGCCCUGCACCAUAGCAGCUUGGGUUUUCAGAGGCUCAUCGGCAAGACGGCCGACGAUAUGCGGGUUGACGUUACCAUUGGCGUCCCCGAACCCGGUGCGGUCGAUGGCGAUGCGGUAAUCGCUACACUGCCCCAUGGGACGGGCCACAUAAACGUCGUACAAGGUGGGCUGCAAGUUCUUAACGAUGAGGGUACCGAUGGGACCCUGAUUGCCAACGCCAUAGUUAUCGUGAGCUUCGACGACGGCAACUAA